AUUCAAUCAGUUUAAAAUAUUUUUAUAAAGUGUUAAUGUUAUUACAUUUAUUGAAGAUAUUUCGUAGAGCAUUAUUAUAACUACAGAAUCCAAAUAUUAACAGCCUGCAAGCUAACCUUCUAACUAUACAAAGCUUAAGUAUCUCAAAAUGUUGGGAUACUCCAAUGCUGGUAUUCCAGAUAAAUCUUGGCAACCACCAGUUGCGGUACUGGAAACAACAAUGGGUACUGUAGUUGUAGAGAUGUACUGGAAACACACACCAAAUACGUGUAGAAACUUUAUGGAAUUAGUAAGAAGAGGAUACUACCACAAUACGAAAUUUCAUCGGGUCAUCCGAGACUUUAUGAUACAAGGCGGUGAUCACACAGGAACAGGCAAAGGAGGCCAGUCAAUCUAUGGACCAACUUUUGAUGACGAGAUCUCAACUGACUUAAAACACACAGGUGCUGGUAUACUGUCAAUGGCAAAUGCAGGACCUAAUACAAAUGGAUCUCAGUUUUUCAUUACAUUGGCUCCUACACAAUGGUUGGAUGGGAAACAUUCCAUUUUUGGAAGAGUACAAAGUGGAAUGUCUGUUAUCAAACGAAUAGGUUUAGUGGAGUGUGAUAAAAAUGACUGCCCUGUGGACGAUGUGAGGAUUGAAAGGGCUUAUAUACCAAAAUAAAAAAUUAACUUG